AUGGCAACUCCAUCAUUAAGUAUUGCCUGUGCAGCAAUUACAGGUCCUGAUGAUAGCCUUUUAUUCAUCGAUAAAUAUGCUACAGAACAGACCGAGCUUGAAAUGGAUUCCAUUGUUUUUGUUUCUUUAGAUUACUUCACAUCAACGGGAAAAGCAUCAAAGAAAGAAAAGUUCAUAGGACAACUUCAGAUUCCUGAUCAGAAAUAUUCUGUUUGGGGAUAUAAAACGAAUUUCGGCUAUAAAAUUGUUAUUUUGACGAAUAUCCUUCCUAACCAGAAUGAUAGCAUCAUCCGAAAUGUUUGCGAUAAAAUUAGAGAUGCAAUGUUUCUUCAAUUUUGCAAUCCAUUUUAUCAGCCAUUUUCUCCAAUUACUUCUUCGAGUUUUAUUAGCAAAGUACGCGAGAUCACAUCAUCGGUGUCUCAAUCGUCAGAUUAA